AUGCCGGCUCUAAAAGAUCUCGUCUGCCAUGUGCAGUGGGCAGACACAGGCUCAUCCUUUCCCGAGUACGGUACAGUCUACGGCGAUGGCUUGGUUGAGACCUACAUUGCUGUACCUGCUCACCCUCGGGUCUUCACCAUCCGUCUGACCUCUAGAAAAUUCAUCUACGAAGGACUAUCUAUGGUGGUAUUCAUUGACGGUCAAUACCAGUGCAAUCGCAACCGAGUCAACCUGCAACCGGAGACAAAGGACCUGCCCGAGAACAGAUCCAAAGUUGACUUCCUGCUGAGACAGAAGGAAAAACCCUUGGGAGAUGGAGCAUACAUGGGGCGAGAAUGGCGGUUCGACGAUUGUAAUCUUGUGUCACAAAUGCCCGAGAAAGCUGAGAAAACCCAUUUCUACUAUCUUGGCACGAUUGAGGUCCUGGUCAUGCGCUGCCGGGGCAGACACAACCACGAAAGAGCUUUAUCAGCUUCUUCAUCCGGGGAACACAGCGCACUUCUGGAUGAGGAAGAGGGCAGUGACAACACAGAUUCAGUUGGAGAAGCAGACGGCGCCGAUAAGAAAUCAGGCCUUGAAAAGCAAUCCACCAAUGCAGCAACAGCCGUACCUGACGCCACACUCGAGGAGGCGAUGCCAGACUUUUUUGGUCUCUUCGACGGACCUGCUGAUGAAUCACCAGCACGUCACUUCUCUGGAGAUGCACCUGCCGAUAGUCCUUACUAUUACUGGCAACAGAGGAACAGACAUUCUGCUCGUUAUGGCCCGCAGGAAGGCUCGCACCGCUACCCGAGCUAUCGUGCGUACCAUACACCCUAUGAAGAAGCCCGGCCAACCCGAUAUUCUUAUCACGAUUCUUCACCGCCGGACCUUUAUGCACGUCCUGAUAGUCCGGCUCCGAGGUCAGAAAGACAUGUCCACUUCGACCAUGGUGACGGGCGAGGUCCACGGUACGGAGAAUAUAGUAACAGAUACGAACCUCGUCACCACCCGGUGUUCGAGCGCAACGAUGGACGCAAAUACACCCGAACACGCCCACGCAGCUAUCAUGAUGCAGGCCGCAUUGGAGAGCAUAAUCCGUACCCAGACUACUUUGCUACCCAUGAGCGAGGUCCUCUCCCAUACGCGUCAGCACACCACGAGCCUCAGCAAGCAUACAGCAGCUAUUAUCAUCGAGCUCCCCCACCUAGCCAUCGUGAACCGCAUGUAUACGAUCACACACCCAGUCGUCCCGCACCGCAUGCAUACGCUCACCCACCUUUUGCCGUCCCUCACUUGACUGUACCUCCUCACCAAACACCCCUUCAUGGACAGCACAUCUAUGGUCCUCCUCCACUUGCGACAUCUCACGGUCCAAAUUCAGCAGCGGUAUCUUCUUCAGACCAGCCGAUACCUCUUCCCAAGAUACCCAUGCAGCACGCGUGUGUGCCACAAGUCCAACCUCAUCCAGUUCCUUGUGUAGUACCACCUAGUCUUCCGCCCAAUGCAUUUGUACCGUCAGUACCCGGCUCUUUCGCCGUAUACCCAUCACCAGGGAACCAACCUCUUUCCCACACCCAAGGACCACAUGUCAAUGGUGGGCACGCCCAGACCACCGCUCCUAAUGGGGUCAGAGGGCCACCGGACAAUACCUGUGACCACCAGCAAGAAGGUAACCCUUCUCACAAAUCAGAAAAUAAAACCUCUGGCAGGGUUCGGUACGACAACAUCUCGGAUCAAUAUCCGCCGGAGAAAAAUGGUCACAACGACAGCUGGGGCGAUUCGGGUGAUAACUUGGGCGACUGGGCCAAUACUGCCGGUAACACCAACCCUAAUGGUACGGACAACCCAGGUGCCUCGAACGACAAUAAUGACCUCCACACAGAUUGGGCGAAGGACAACGACACGAGCAAUAACAAUACCAGCGAGGUUAACGGCGAGGGAUGGAGCAACAACAAUAGCGACGUCUGGGGCAACAGUGAUAACAAUAACGACGUUGGCGAUAGCCACAACCAGGCCUGGGAUAACAGAGACUCUAGUAACCAGCAAGGCAGCAAUGACAACCAUUGGGCAAAUGAUACCCGAAACAACCAGAACUCAGGUCCCGAUAAUGGGUGGGACAACAGCCAGAACAACAACCCUAUACUGCAGAACCAGGCAAACUCUUGGGAUAAUGGGUGGAACAGCAAUCGGACUCUAGGCGACCAGGCAAGGAAUCCCAGUGAGGGCCACAACAAUAGGUCAGCUUCCAACGCUCAGCCAGCACCAGGAAACUUCCAAGCAACCAACCGAGUCUUGUACGGCCCUUACGGACCAUAUUACGGUGCAAAAACUCUUGCCCAGCAAGGUCCUCCUCCCGACGCCGAGGAAGAGCCCCGGUAUGAUUUGCCCGAAACCAUUGCGCAGUCCAGGGGCGUCACCAAACAAGUCCAACCAGGACCAGGCUACCUGUAUGUGAAGAAGAGAUGCGCGCCUCUUUACGUGGAUUCCCUGGACGAACCGUAUGCGAAAUUCGUCUUCAAGUAUCGCACCAGGGAGCAAUUGAGGAACGAGAUCGGAGUUGACAUUGUAGGCGAACCGACAGGAGACGAAGAGGUCAAUGCGCUGGAGAAUCUGGACAAAACAGAACUCAUCCAGCUGCUUCUGCGAGCUAAAGGCGCGCUCGGGGGAACCAUCCCAGAACCACCACCCAAGCCGACCCCGUCUGCAAUGAAUGGCUUUGAACAAAUCUCCGUUGCCGCACCAGAUGUGAGCUUCCUGCAUUACAGCUUGCCUCCGCUGCGGCACGUGUCCAACAGCGUCGGCCUUGGGAUACGGCACCCGUCAAGCAAUCGGGGCAACGGCGGCACUCCUGGUCAGAACAACAACGCAAAUGGUGGGAUGAGCCGCGGGCAAGAGAAUCGUCAGAAGGACCGAAACGUCUGGAGUAACGAUAACAAUAACAACGCAGCCAACAACUCUGGCUGGGACGGCGCACAAGAACGCAAACCUUGUACCGCACCAGAACCGCCGACUACCUUCGGCGCGCAAUUGCAAAAUCCUGUCCAACAUGGCGAUAAUCCCCAUCCGAACGGCCCGUCACGCCACAGCUCAGGAAUCAGUCCGAAGAACAUGCACGGCGUGCCACCUGGUCCGACUUUGAACGACUACAACCGGUUGUUUCCUGGCGCUGGGGCAGCGCGCGGGGAACCCAUCAUGUCUGGGCCUCCGCCUCCGCCACCGAUCAUCAAUUUUGCCGCCGAGGGGACAGUGGGAGGUGGGCAGACACACUUGGCCGAUGCCCUCAUGGGUGCGGGACCACGACCGCCGACACCGACGGUACCGCCGCGACCUCCCACUCCUAUAAAUGAAAAUGAAGGCGCAGCUUGGGGCGAAGGAGGGGAUGCGACGGCUGCGCAGCCACAGAGUGGGUGGUGA